AUUAACUCCACAAAUAUUAACCAAUUUUAUUAUUAAUUAUAAUUUUUACUUAAUUUUUUACAUUAUAAUUUAAAAAAAAAAAUAAGAACAAUGGCAGCAAAAAUGAGAUUACCUCCCUUGCCGUCAGUCGCCGACGUACUAAAAUUAUACCACCUUAGAGCGCGCAAAGAACUGGCCCAGAAUUUUUUGCUAAGCGAGAAAAUAAUAAACCGAGUUGUAAACCAAGUUGGAAAAAUAGAGGGCGCGCAUGUGUUGGAAGUCGGUCCAGGACCUGGUGGACUAACUAGGUCUAUUAUAAAAAAGCGACCGAGCAGGCUGGUGGUCAUUGAGAAAGACCCGAGGUUCAAGCCAACAUUGGACUUGCUUUCGGAAACUUUGGGGGUGAUUGGAGGCAAGAUGGAGAUUUUUUACGACGACAUCAUGCGGACUAACAUGAAGAAAGUGUUCCCUCAAGAACUUGGUCAGAACUGGGACGACCCGCGGAACCCGAGGGCUUUUAUCAUCGGGAACCUGCCCUUCAAUGUCUCCACUCCUUUGAUCAUCCGCUGGCUAAAGAUGAUUUCUCAGAGAACUGGACCCUGGGCUCUAGGCAGGAUUAAGAUGUGUCUAACUUUUCAGAAAGAAGUCGCGGAAAGGCUGGUCGCAGAACCGCAUUUUGAUCAACGCUGCAGGCUGUCCGUGAUGGCUCAAGCUUGGACCACUCCUAAGCUCUGCUUCACUAUUCCUGGAUCUUCUUUUGUUCCCCAGCCGGAUGUUGAUGUCGGGGUUGUGUUGUUCGAGCCAUUAGUCAACCCUCAGACUGACCACGAUUUUGAUUUCUUUGAGAAAAUUACCAGGCAUAUGUUUUCGUUCAGACAAAAAUAUUGUUUGGCUUGUGUGAGAACACUCUUUCCAAAAGAUUACCAAGAAGAUCUUGCGGUAGUAAUGAUGAAAUUAGCAGACAUAGAUCCUACGAUGCGGUCUUAUCAGCUCACAGUAGAAGAAAUCCACCGACUUUGCUCAGCUUACAAGUACAUAAUUGAAAAACAUCCGGAAGUUAAGGAUUAUAAUCACCGAGAUAGUAAAAAAAUCGUAUCGUCCGCGAUGACCAAGAGGGUUUACAUACGUGAACUGGCGGAGGGAGAAGAAAUUCCUCCUGAUAAUUUUAUACCACCUAGAAAUUCCAGUUUACGUACAAUCGAGCAAGGAUAAUAUUGGAUUUAUUUACAGUCAUUUGAACAUAUUACAUUUAAUUAUAAUUAUUGUUUAAUGUAAUAUAAUUUUAUCAAAAAUUUAUAAUUUACAUUUAAAAAAAAACAUCAAUGUAUAGUUUUAUAAUAGAUCAGUUAUUAUAAUAAUAGUAA